CAUUUGCCGACGCCGACUUGCAAUUUGUUUUCAUAUUUUUAUUUACUUAUUAUUUUACAAACAUUUUUAAAGUAAUUUAAUAUUUUUUCAUUUCUAAUAUUAGUAUUCACCUUUUCUAUAAAUUUAUAAUGGGUGUAACAGUUCUUUUACCCUACCAAGUACCCGAAGGCAAAAGUGGUUCCCAAGCAAUAGAAUAUCUAACAAAACGUCUCCUAGCACUUGGCGCUAUCCAAACUGGCCAUUUCCUAGUCGAUUGUGAGACAUACAUUUCAACACCUCCCAACGGGCCAGCAAAAACAGUUCAUGUUUUACACAAUUCCGAAUAUCCUGCAUCAACUUUUUCCAUUUUAGACAAUGGAAGUCGUCAUAUUCCCUUAGUUGCCGACAAUCUAUUCGAUUUAUUGAUGUUAAAAAUGACUUCGGUUUAUUCUUCGAAAAAACAAACAAAAAUUGAAUCAAAAGGCGCUCGAUUUGAAUAUGGAGAUUUUGUUAUCAAGUUAGGCAGCGUUGCAAUGAUGGAACAUUUUAAAGGCAUUUUAAUUGAAAUGGAAUACCAACCGUGUGUAAUGCUUUCCAAUUGUUGGGAAAUGAUGCGAGAGGUUUUGCAAGGAUUUCUUGGAAUUAGUGUUCCACCGGUGUAUCCAAUAUAUUUCCUUAUGCCAUCGAUAAGUAAUAUGGGACAUACUAGUAAACAGAAUGAAAUCUAUGAACCAAUUGAUACGAUAAAUCAGUACUUGGAACAUUUUACACAUUACAGGAAGCCAGUGUCUGGAAGUCAUUUGCAAGUACCACCAAAUAUGAGAGUGUAAAAUAGUUUUAUAUAAAUAAAAAUUUAGUAAUUAAUGAAAAA